GCCAAUCUGCGCGCGAAAGGGGCCGGGCCGCUUCAGGCCGAAGAGACUUUUAGACUGAAGACCCCGGCCCGGAGCCAGUCAGAAGGACGACGAAGGGUUUCCGGUCGCUGUUUACAGACAUUUCACGAUGAUCUAUCUAUGCAUUUUGGCCCUAAGUUUCGGGGCCUCCUUUGCUGCUCCAGGUUUAGAUCCUGCUUUAAAUGAUCACUGGCUGAGCUGGAAAUCAUGGCACAGCAAGAAGUAUCAUGAGAUGGAAGAAGGCUGGAGAAGGAUGAUCUGGGAAAAGAAUCUGAAAAUGAUUGAAAUGCACAACCUGGACCACAGUCUAGGCAAACACAGUUACAGACUAGGAAUGAAUCAUUUUGGAGACAUGACUAAUGAAGAAUUUAGGCAAGUGAUGAAUGGCUUUAAACAAUCUCGAUCUCAAAGGAAAUAUAAAGGAUCACUAUUUCUUGAGCCAAACUUCCUGGAGGCUCCAAAAUCGGUUGACUGGAGGGAGAAGGGUUACGUAACACCAGUAAAGGAUCAGGGUCAGUGUGGAUCUUGCUGGGCAUUCAGUGCAACUGGUGCUCUUGAAGGACAGCACUUCCGCAAAACUGGCAAGCUGGUUUCUUUGAGUGAACAAAAUCUGAUUGACUGUUCUGGGCCGGAAGGAAACCAGGGCUGUAAUGGAGGACUUAUGGACCAGGCUUUCCAGUACAUCAAGGAUAACAAUGGCAUUGACUCAGAGGAAUCAUAUCCAUACAUAGGAAAGGAUGAUGAAGAUUGCUUGUAUAAGCCUGAGUACAACUCUGCUAAUGAUACUGGCUUUGUGGACAUCCCUGAAGGACGGGAAAGAGCUUUGAUGAAGGCAGUGGCUGCAGUUGGACCUAUCUCUGUGGCUAUUGAUGCAAGCCACACCUCUUUCCAGUUCUAUGAAUCUGGUGUUUACUAUGAACCACAGUGCAAUAGUGAAGAAUUGGAUCAUGGUGUUCUUGUUGUUGGUUAUGGACAUGAAGGUACAGAUGAUGAUAACAAGAAGAGGUAUUGGAUAGUCAAAAACAGCUGGAGUGAAAAAUGGGGAGACCAAGGCUACAUACACAUGGCUAAAGACCGAAGCAAUAAUUGUGGAAUAGCUUCAGCAGCUAGCUACCCCAUGGUAUAAUUGUGCAAAGAAAAGUGUCACCUGGGACAACCAGAGCCUCCUUAGAUUGACAGAAAGAUGAACCACUGGAACAGGUCUCUAGCUUGUUGGUCUGUCUUGGCACAUUCUGGCGCCACCGAAGUAUUCUGGCAUCGAAAGGAUUUUGAACUGACAAUUGCACAUAUUUUCUAAUGUAUUAGAUUGUAUUGGUUUCUUCUGAGAACUAAGUUGUGAUUUAAUUUUUUUUUUUACCUUGAAACUCUCUGAUGUUUACUUGUUGGCAAGAGAAGCCUUCUUUUUUAAAACUUUAAAUGUUGCUUAUGAGCCCGAGCUUGUAAUAUUGAUAGCUUGCAGCCAGCUAUUUUAUUUUUUAAACUGCAACUUGCACAAAGUGUUACAACACCCAGAAAUAAAUACUGAACAUUUCAAUAUCG